AUGGGGCUGAUGCACACUGGGCUUUUAUUCCUGCUGUUCUGCUCUGUGUCUAGUUCUCAGUUCAGAAAUAGAGCUGGUAACGGUGUGUUUCUGCAAGAUCCUGAAUUAGAGUGGGAGAGAAGUGCGACAGUAAUGGGUGAAGAAAAAACAGAAGCUCCUGCACUGAAAUCCAAACUCGGGAGGAGUGCAUCAGUUGAUGUAGCUUCACUGCCAGGAGCAUAUAAGUAUGAGUACCUCAGGGUCCCGUAUGCCAAUGAUAGGAAAGAGGAUUUCAAGCCACAAAAGGGUGCCAGACCCCUUCCCGAAUGGGCCAGGAAAAUGUUACUCGGUGAUCCUCCCACUAUUUCUCUAACUGAGGAACUAGAUAAACGAAAGUUGGUUGAAAUCCUCUGCCAUGUUGACAGAAUGUACGUAAGAAUAAAUCGAGAGAUCUUUAAGUCUCGGGAUGCAUACAAAUAUUUGAAAUUAGGUACUUGUCCGGUAAAUCAAGCAAAAGGCAAGUACUACUACCUUCUGUACCUUCUGAAAAGUAACUGUGGAUUCAAGAAAGAGCGCAACGUGGAUUAUUUGUCCAUCAGCAACGUGCUCAGCUACAAGCCAACCAGUGUGGUUCUAAGGGAAAUGCCUUUUGACAUUCCUCUGCAGUGUAAAUUCCCCAGGCUGUUUUACUCUUACAAAAUUGGCUUCCAUCCCAAACUACAGGGAGGCACAGUGUUCAGAGCACUCCAACCAAAAAGCACCUUCGUCCUCACCCCACAAGACGCAUCGGGGAACGCAAUCACUGGAAUUAAAUCCUACAUCUUGGGACAGCCGAUGUAUUUUCAGGCCAGUGGAGUAGCCGGUGCUCCAAGCUCUGGAAAUGGGAGGCUUUACAUCAACAAGUGCUUUGUGACUCCCUCCCAAGACCCUAACUCAAAUGUUAAAUAUCCCAUCAUUGACAACUACGGCUGCAUGAUUGAUGGCAAGGUGAUGCUACAGUCCAAGUUCCUCCCUGCUGACUCGAAGAUGGUCCAGAAAUUCAGUGUGGGUGCCUUCAUUUUCAAGAACGUUGCUUCCACCACCUCGCAGCAGCAACUCUACAUGCAUUGUGAGCUCUCUGUGGGGCCACAUACUCCAACUCGGACUUCAAAGGCUUGCAAUUAUAAUUCCGGUACCAAAAAGUGGGAGGCGCUCUUUGGUAAUGACUGUACGUGUGCCUGUUGUGAAUCAACAUGCUCAGCAGGACAGCAGAGGGGACCUGCCAGGAGCAUCAUCUCCAGUCCCUCCUGGAAGGUUGACUUGAGCAGUGUGGAUGAAUAUGUGAAAGGUGACUCGCAGUUUAAAUCCUCUGAUGCUGAUGAAUCCAGCUUGAAGGACCCCGACCUGGCAGAGCUUACAGACUUUGAAAACGACUGGAGCCGCGAUCAGUAAGGCUGCCAUGUUAAAAUGAUCAGGCUUUUAAAUGAUUUUCUUGUUUUCUGGGAUUCUUCUAUUGCACAACGUGCUAUUGCUUCAUAAAAGAACCAUAAUUUAAUUGCUUGUGUGGUGUGAAUUCUUUUCAAGAGAAGAUUAAAAACUACCAUUUAAACAAAGUUUUCUUUUUUUUUUGUUUUGUUUUUCUUAAAUGGAGCAGUUGGCACUUUGAGUACACUU